AUGAAUGGAAAUUGGUAUUCGUGGUCAAUAGAUUCAACUCCAAACGAUUAUGUUUUGGCAUGGCGUCAUACUUAUAAAAUAUUACUAAACAAAGACUUUGGUCAGUGUACUGCAGAAGAAUAUUGGGUUGGAGAAAAUUAUACACGUUGGCUAGGAAUUAAUGGAUUUAAUGGGGGUUCAAGUGCAAAUUGGAGAAAAUGGGAAUGGCCAAAUGAAAUUCUUGAUAAUAUGAUUGGUCGAUUACACAAGUUAUCAUCAACAAAACCGAUGUCUCUAAAUGCAUAUGCAACAGUCGGUGUACGAACAGAAAAGACUACAGAUGUGCAGUCAAGGAUGUGGGGUGGGGUGUGGGUGUCAGUGUGGGUGUGGGUGGGUGUGGGGUGUGGGUCUGGGUCUGGGUAUGUGGGUGUGAGUGUGAGUGUAGGUGUGGGUGUGGGUGUGGGUGUUGGUAUGGGUAUUGGUCUUUCUUCCACCCACACCCACAGCCACAUCCACAUCCACACCCACACCCUCACACACCCACACCCAUCCACACGCACACCCACACUCACACCCACCCCCACCUACC